UUUAAUUCCUUAUUUUACAUUCUGACAGAAACCCAGAGAAAAACAAACAAUUAGCAAUGUAAUACUGUUAGGGUCAAGAAUCAACACAAUGACCCAGAUUGAGGCUACUAAAUUGAUGUCAUGCAUGGAGCAUAAUUAUAAACACGUGAUGGCUUGGUGACUCUGCUGAAGGGGGAGUGGAGAAGGAGGGGCGGUGUGGAUAGAGAUAUGUGAUGCCUGUUCCUGGAGGACUAGCAUGCACAUGACUUGUAUGCUGACCAGCUCUGUCACCGAAGAGGGAAGCGAAGUCGCUCACUGACCUUCAGUUUAUUACUGUUUCCUUCCUUUUUUCUCUCAGUGUUGCUAUGUUUCCAAACAUCCCAUUGUAUCCUGGAUUUGUUGUACGUCUGCAAGCCUUAAAUAGUUGAAUCCAUUCUGUCUCUGAUGCUGAAAUGUGUAAUUUAGCAGAGUGUUUUUUGUUGAUUUGUGUCCUUUGUUUUAUCCAUAGGCCCAAAGACAAAGCACAAUGGCCGUCGGUCACCGGAGAAGCAGGGUUCUCAGUGGCACAAUGAUGCUCAUCUUCAUCGGUUUGCUGGUGGUUGUGGCAAGGAUGAUGGGCCAGCACAAGCAAAGCAUCCACAAACUGAACGUACCGUUAAGGUUUUGGCGUUGGUGGACAUGGAGUGAAUCCUUCUGGAACAGGGAGCAGCAGCACCUGGAUCUCCUCUACAACCCCAUCCUGAACGUGGCGCCCACCAGGGACGACUCCCUGGUGGCCCGGACGCCCUGGUGGCUUAAUAACUCCCAGGCCCUCAAACCCUGUGAGCCAGACCACCGGGUCCCCCGACAAGUAGGGGACUACAACACCUUGCCCCAGCGUUUCCAGGACUUCCUUUUGUACAUGCGCUGCAGAGCCUACCCCAUUCUCAUCAAUCAACCACACCUCUGUGACGACAGACCCUUCCUCCUCUUGGCCAUCAAGUCGCUAGCACCUCACUUUGACCGCCGGCAGGCCAUCCGGCAGUCCUGGGGACGGGCGGGUAACGUGGCCAAUCGGACGGUGGUGACCGUGUUCCUCCUUGGCACCGCCUCCUCGGUGGACCACUUCCCUGAUCUAUCGGGGAUGCUGAGCCACGAGGCGGAGCGGAACAGAGAUCUACUCCAAUGGGAUUACAGGGACUCCUUCUUCAACCUCACACUCAAAGAAACUCACUUCCUGGAGUGGUUCAGUCAACACUGUUCCAACGCCCCCUACAUCCUGAAGGGGGAUGACGACGUUUUCGUCAACACCCGGCAAAUCAUCCAAUACCUGGAACAUCUGCCAGAGGGGAUGACAAAAGACCUCUUUGUUGGUGACGUCAUCCAGAACGCCAGCCCCCACCGGGAUCACAGGCUCAAGUACUUCAUCCCCGAGAGUGUGUUUGUGGGCGACUACCCCCCCUACGCAGGCGGAGGAGGGUAUCUCUACUCAGGGCCUUUGGCACUGCGUCUUUACAAAGUCUCCCAGCAGGUGGCGCUCUUCCCGAUCGACGAUGUUUUUACUGGGAUGUGUUUGAAGAAGAUGGGACUGGUGCCAGAGAAACACAAGGGCUUCCAAACCUUUGAUGUGGACAAGAAGUACAGGGAGAACCCGUGUGUGUACAAGAACCUGAUCCUGGUUCACAGUCGGACCCCACAGGAGAUGAUCAAGAUCUGGUCCUGGCUCGCUGACCCCAGACUAGACUGCCAGAACUCCACGAGGUGAACGAGGCCACCGGAUAACAACCGUCCAUUCUAACAUAGUCGUCCAAACCUGCAGGUUCAAACUGGAAGAAGAGAUGGAUUGUAGAGAAAGGCCUUAACGUGUUCAGGGGUGCUAAUUCCUUGGAAAAUAAUGAUGAAAGAAAAUAUUGGAAUCAUUUUAUUUGUAACCAAACCUUUACGACUGUGUUAUUAUCUGUCACUUUUAUGGAAAUAUUUGCAGAUUUCUGACCUAGGCUGAAGAAGCUAUGGAAUUAGUUAGACAAUGACAUUACACAUUUUAAAGUGCCAGCACCAAACCAGACCUACAAAUAGGAGGAAUGUCUGAAUGCAUUAUCACUAAAUGGAGAAUGGGUCAAAGGGAAAGUCGCAGUGGAUUACUGGAUUUACUAAGAAACAGAACAGUUGAUCAACUUUCAAACCUGAACCAUGUUUCCCGAAACAAAGAAGAAUUAGUUACUAGUAACACGGUAUCUUCCUCUUAAAUUUUUUCUGUGUAAACCCAUCUUAAAUAUACUUCUCUAAUGAAUUUUAAACGAUUAAAUGUACAGUAUUUCUCUUUUCAGGACAGCAUGAGAGAGCCAGGGUAUCUGUUCAACAGUGCUCUGACAUCAUAUUAAAUAUGUCAAUGGCGAUUAUAUUGUAGAUAUCAAAAUUACUUGAUUCGGAUACAUUGUCAAUGUCAUUAGUAUGAUUUAUUGAGUUAAUUUGAUUGAAUGUCUAUGAGUUUUUAUAUCAAUAAGAGCUUCAUUUUAGGUAUAGUAAUAAAGGGAUUCAAGUUUAUUCAAAUUUCACUUGUG